AUUUGAAUCCGCCAUUUUAUAUUUCUAUCGUAAAAACACGUGUCCACGUGUUUCUAACUAUUUUUCAACAAUAAAAUAAACUCAUACAUGUUUUCAAAUAUUUAAAUAAUAAUAUUUGAAUUUAGUAAAAUAAUAAAUUUAAUCUAUUGUUAUUAAAUAAUUUAAACAAUGGGUAAACUUGAUGUCACAGGAUUACGUUAUCUUUCUAAGGAAGAUUUUCGUGUUUUGACUGCUAUUGAAAUGGGAAUGAAAAAUCAUGAACUUGUUCCUGCAAUGCUUGUUGCUCAAAUUGCAAACUUACGUCAUGGUGGUGUUCAUAAAUUAUUAAGGGAAUUGUCCAAACAUAAAUUAGUUAGUUAUGAACGAGGAAAACGAUAUGAUGGUUAUCGUUUAACUAAUGCAGGAUAUGAUUAUCUAGCUUUAAAAGUCCUAUCAUCUCGUGAAGUAGUAUCAUCAUUUGGUAAUCAAAUAGGUGUAGGAAAAGAAUCAAAUAUAUAUGUAGUAGCUGACAAAAAUGAUACUCCAUUGUGUUUAAAAUUACAUCGUCUUGGCCGGACAUGUUUCCGUAACAUAAAAGAUAAACGAGAUUAUCAUAAAAAUCGUAAGUCCAUGUCAUGGUUGUAUUUGUCUCGUGUAUCAGCAACUCGUGAAUUCGCUUAUAUGAAAGCACUUGAAGAUCGUGGAUUUCCUGUACCAAAACCCAUUGAUUUUAAUCGUCACUGUGUUAUUAUGGAAUUAGUUGAUGGUUAUCCAUUGUGUUCAAUAAAACAAGUUGAAAAUCCUGAUAAAUUGUAUGACGAACUAAUGAAUUUGAUAGUACGAUUUGGUAAUCAUGGAGUCAUACAUGGUGAUUUUAAUGAAUUUAAUAUAAUGAUUACGGAUGAGGGAAAACCGAUUAUUAUUGAUUUUCCACAGAUGGUAUCUACUGAGCAUCCUAAUGCUGAAUAUUUUUUUGAACGUGAUGUUAAUUGUAUAAGAACAUUUUUUAAACGAAGAUUUGAUUAUGAAAGUGAAUUAUAUCCGUCAUUUAAAGAUAUUGAUAGAGAAGAUUGUAUUGAUGCUGAAGUUAAAGCUAGUGGGUUGACUAAAGAAAUGGAAAAAGAUUUACUUGUUGGUAUGGGAAUGAUAAAUGAUGAUGAUGAUGAUGAUGAAAAUAAUGAAAACGAUGAAAGUAAUCAAGACAAUAAUGCUGAUGAUAAAGACAAUGAGGAAAAGACUUUAGAUGAUGCUAAAAUUAAAUUAUUACGAGAUGAAGUCGAUGAAAGUAUUGCUAGAGAUUUAAAUGAACAAUUAAAGAUAAAAGUUGAUACUGAUGGUAAUAAUGAAGAGCAAAUUGAACGAGUUGAUGAAAGAAGAGAUUUUUCUGAUGAUGAUGGUGAGUCGCAGUUUGAUAAUCGAAGUUUAUGGAGUACUGCAUCGACAAUUGAUCCGAUGGUGGUAAAGAAACGGGUAAAACAAUCAUUGCUGAAGCGAGAGCAUCGCGCACAGUCGAGAAAAAUUUUAGCUAAGGGUGAAGCUAGUGCAACUACACGACAGAGGCGUGAAAAUCGUAAUAAUAUUCAACAAUCUACUGGCGGCGGUAUCUGGGGAGAUUAAAAUUUUUUUUAUAUUCCAUACCCCAAGCGUAGGUGUGUUGAGUGCGCUUAACAAUUUCCUCAAAAAUUUUAAAUAUUUUUCGUAAUUAAAUAAUUUAGUAUAAAGUUUAUACAUCAAUUAAAUUAUUUUAUUGUAAGUACUUUUUUUCUUUUUAGUUUCUUAGAACUAUCAAUGAAUUUCGAGGUACAAAAGUAAAAAUAUUUUUUUCAAAAAUUUAUGAUUAAAAUAUUUUUAAAAUAAUGUUCAUUUUUAAUUAAAAAUUUGUCGAAUUUUUCAUAAUGACUUUAAUAAAAAAAAAAUAUACGCAAAUAUUUUGUUUAA